UCUUCUCUCCUCUUUAAAGGCCCCCCCAAAAUCGUUACUUGCUCAUCUACGGACCGUCCGAUCAGCUUCUCCUCGUACUCUCUCAGCCAUGGGAUCGUUGGCCAGGAAAUCAGUUCUGAUGAUCUGCGGUGACUACAUGGAAGACUACGAAACGAUCGUACCGUUUCAGGCGCUCCAGGCCUUCGGCAUCCACGUCGAUUGCGUGUCCCCCAGCAAGGCAUCAGGAGAUCGUUGCUUCACAGCCGUUCAUGAUUACAUGGGCCAUGAGCUAUACACUGAGCUACAAGGCCAUUUCUUUACACUGAACUCCAACUUCAGCGACGUUAAACCAGAGUCGUACAAUGCGCUCAUAAUUCCUGGUGGGCGGUUUACAGAGCUACUCAGCAUCGAUGAUAAGGUGUUGAGGAUUGUUACAGCAUUUGCUGAAGCAGGCAAACCAAUCGCGACAACUUGUCACAGCCAACUACUUUUGGUUGCAGCAGGACUCAUGAAGGGGAUGAAAUGCACUGCAUUUCCGAGCUUGAAGCAUGUGGUUAAGCUGGCUGGAGGGAUUUGGUUGGAUCCAGAGCCUGUCACGUCGUGUGUUCUUGAUGGUAACUUCAUAAGUGCGAUCGGGUGGCCCGCACAUUCUGAGUACCUCAGUCUUCUUCUUAGAUUGAUGGGAGCAAAAGUUUCAGGAUUCGAGAACAAAGCAGUUCUGUUUCUAUGUGGGGACUAUGUAGAGGAUUAUGAGAUAAACGUGCCAUUCCAAGCCAUGGGAGGCCUGGGUUGCCGAGUCGACUCAGCCAGCCCAAGCAAGAAGAAAGGAGAGAAAUGUGUGACUGCGAUCCACGACUUUGAAGGCGCCCAAGUGUGCAGCGAGAAGUCUGGCCAUUACUUCAUCGUCACUUCAGAUUGGAACGAUAUCAAUGUUGAUGAUUACGAUUGCCUAGUGAUACCCGGUGGGAGAUCGCCCGAGUAUCUGGUCAUGGACGACAAGGUGGUUUCAAUGGUGAGGCAAUUCUCAGAGAAAGAUAAGGUUGUUUCAGCAAUUGGGCAGGGAAAACUGGUCUUGGUUGCUUCUGGGCUUUUGGAGGGGAAGAGAUGUGCAAGUGGUUAUGGAAUGAAGGCUAUAGUAAAGGUAGGAGGUGGGGAAGUGGUGGAGUCUGAAGAGUCUGUGGCCCAUGGGAAGCUGCUAACUGCAACUGGUUGGACUGCUCUCCCUUCUUUCAUUUCCAGACUUGCCAGCCUCUUGGGAAUAAGCAUUGUCUUUUGAACCCUUUUAAAUGUAUCAUUUAUUAUCAUAAUCCAUGCUCAGUUUGGAACAA